ACUUCCUCCCCAAUCGGCGAUGGCGCAACCCGGCUUCUGGGCGGAGCAGGUCCAGAUCAUCCUUCCCUCGGACGAUAACAAGGGUGUCAAGCUUGGCGAGGACCGGCUGCGCGGCUGCCUCCGCCUGGUGGAAGCCGCCUUCUCAACGAAUCAGACGUUCCGGCGCGUCGCAUUCCUGCUCACGGAGGACGCAAAGAUCCCGGCGUUUGUGCGGCUGCUGCGCGCCUCCACCUCCAGGCUGCUCAUCGGCAGCUUCUUGCCGGAGCAGAGCUGGCUGCUUGGGGCGCUGGACAUGAUCAUCGCCACUCCCGGCCAGGCUCUCCACUACGACCGCGCCGGGCACCUCUCCUCCAUCACCGUCAGGGCGCUUCUCAUCGACAAGCAAGCCAGCGCCGAUUCCGUCGCACAAGCUUUCAGCUUUGCCAGCGCCUUCGCAGGCUUCGAAGAGUUUGCAAGCUUUAGCAAGCUGGACGUCCAGCCAAGGCAGUGGUUCGCUCCUCCACGCCCCGCUCCAGCGAGCUCACACUUUCUGGAGAAGUACAUGCCUCUGACGAAGUGCUACGAUGGUUGGGAAGACUCGCUCUUCACUUCGGGGCUGACCAUGUUUUCCUGGGGGAAGAGCAACGUUCUCAUCCACGACUGGGCCGAUCUGCCGCUCUUUCUGCCUGGCAUCAUUCGCUGCUCCCGGUCUCGUGUCGCCGCUCCUCUCGUUCUAGCUCCAAGAGACAAGCUCCCUCUCAUGGCCGAGCUUCUUCAAGCCUGCGCAACCGAGCUCGGCGUCGGCGCUCUCAACAUCAGCAACAGGGAAGGUGCUCAUGUCCUUGUAGACUCUAUUGACGAGCUUGUCAUGCCCAGCUACGUGGGAAGUCUAGUCGUCGUCCAAGCUGACGAGCUACUCGAGUCUGCUUGUGCAUGGAAGAUCCGUCGCCUUGUAAACCUCUGCAUGCCUUCCCAGAUCGGCAUACACUGCUCCACAAAAACCCCAGCCGUGGAGGAGCUGCUCAGUGCCAGGACGCUGUACUCGAUCCCGGAGGCCAAAGUUUCAAUGCGGGGAGUGUGCGAGUUCUUUGCUCUAGCGGACAGCAAGCACGAGAAGCUGGAGAAGCUAUGCACGAUCUGGGAGCAGCUCGAGAGCUCCAAGUGCCGCGUCUCGAUCUUUUGCAUCGGCUCUAGCACCGUGGACUGGCUCGUGGAGGAGAUGAGGAACCGGGGUUUUGUGGCGUGGGCCUUGCACAGGGGCGAAGAAGUGGACCCGGACGUGUACAGGAAUCCAUUCUCGGUGAUUGUCACGGACGUCUACCGGAGGGCCUCACAGGACGUGAUCAACUUUGAUCUGCCUGGAACGUAUGACGAGUAUGUGCAGCGUGUUGGUAACGAUCGAGGCAGGAGCAUCAAGGUGGUGAUCAACAUUGGCACUACUGAGGAACAGCGUUGCUUCCCUGACAUGGUACCGCUGCCUGCUGAUUGUUAUCGCAUCCAUACCAAGCUGCCACUCUGGUUUGAUGUGUGAAGUUCGCGUUUUUCUUUCUUUCAUAUUAGUAUAUUGUAAUUGGUUGAUAACUAAUCUCGAGUAUUUUACAAAAGGUUGGCUUUAAA